AUGGCAUCUCAAGGUUUCAAAGUUGAAGUUAUUCAAAAAGGAUCAGGUGAAAAGCCAAGAAAUGGUCAAAAAGUAUCCGUCCAUUAUACGGGUACAUUGUUAAGUGGUAAAAAAUUUGAUUCAUCAAGAGAUCGUGGUAAACCGUUUGAAUUUAAACUGGGAGAAGGAGAAGUUAUCAAAGGUUGGGAUGAAGGUGUUGCUCAAAUGAGUAAAGGUGAACGAGCAAAAAUUACAUGUCCUCCUGAUUAUGCUUAUGGUAAUCAAGAUGUUGGCGGUGGUCUUAUUCCCGCUAAUAGUACAUUAGUAUUCGAUGUUGAAUUACUCGACUUUAAAUGA